GAUUUCACAUUCAGUUCCACGCAAAUGUAUAUCGCGGGCAGGCACGCGUGCGUCUUCACCGUCUUGAGCUACUGUGUUCAAGAUAGAAACACUUAUUGGAUCGUGACGUAGCAUUGGGAGGUUAUUGCUGCGAAUACGAACUCUUAUUGCAAGCUUCUUAGACUGGCUGUGUAUAGAAAAUAUUUUCAUAAAGCACUUGUGUAAAAACACAAACACACACACACACACACACACACACACACACACACACACACACACACACACACACACACACACACACUAAAAAAAAAGAAAAAAAAACAUUUCUUCACUCCCAAAUAGUGUUGAAGACCCAAAACCAUGUCUACCGGAAAGCGAUUGGCAAAACGGUCCAUCUUAGGGACCCGAGUUGCUUGUUGCCUGGAAGAUGGCAAAUAUUACGCUGGCGUGAUAUGUGCAGUGAAGACUAUGGAUGACGGUGGACCCACAGUAUACUCAGUGCGAGUGGAGGGUGAGAGACGGCCGCGAGAAGUGCGAGAGAGUGACUUGGUGGGAAGUGGUUUCACAUCAGUUGGUUCUGUCAAGCUAAGGGUGGGCCAGCGUGCGUACAUAACCCACAACAAUCGUGAAGUAUGUGGCACUGUCCUGUAUCAUCGGCCCAACAUUGAUGAAGUUCUCAUCUCAGUCACAAACCCGGAGACUGGCGUGAGGCAAGAUGUAAAGAAGAGGAUCGAAGACAUUCGUUUGUUGGAGUCGAGAAAGUCAGCACGCCUCGCAGACCAGGACACAGACUUCGCCAAACUUGCCGACAUGUCUACAGACCGCAAGGAGCGUAAACCUUCUCAGACCAUAGACGUUCCGGCAUCUACCAGUGGCUUCCAAGGAUCCCGAAAGCGUCGCAGCUCCCGCUCUGAGGAGGACCAGAUGGACGAGUGCGCCGCCGCCAUGGUGCUGAUGAAGCUAUCCUGCUCCCCUCGCUCUCCCGUCCUGCCAGAUGGUGUGAUGGGCGACUCAAUGUCCCCGGGAUCAUCGGUGUCCUCUGGGGUGUGGACCUGGGCAGAAGGUUCCUUCUCGUCCUCCUCGUCUUCAUCGUCCUCACGUUCCCCCGCCCACCGCUCCGCUACACCCUCACCGCCACUCUCUGAGUCCAGUCCGGCCACUCUUGAUGAUGGAUUAGAGCUGGAUGAGUCACUCUUCGACGACGCCGUCCCCAGGAAACGGCGGAAGCGAAUGACGUGCACCCGCCUAGCCGUAGCCAGGGCCCUGGCCGUACCAGCAGUGGCGUCUGAACGAGUCUUCCCUCACGUGACAGGCCUAACACCUCCUCCUUCUCCCGUCGCCGCCUCCUACGCCCAAUCCCCACUCACCACCCCUGACGAACACUGCCUGCACAGCUCCACCCGGACGAUGUUCAAGUGCACCUGGAUGGGCUGCCAUGAGAUGACGGCCGCUUGUGAUGCAAUCGAAAGGCAUAUUCGUUCCACUCACCUUGGGCGUGAGGAAGUCACCAGCGACCACAGUGAUAGCGACAGUGAUGACGAAGAUGAUCACGAGGAGGAGUUUUACUGGACAGAGGUUGAAGUCAAUGUCACUACCUGGGUUGAUCCCUGUGAACCCUUGGUGACCCCAACAGCUCCGCCAGCCACACCUCCUGCACACCCUGUCCUUGCUGCCCCACAGAAAGUGCUCACCAUCCCACCCACCACCAUCAACCCACAGCCACUAGGGACGACCUGCCCCUCUGUGCUCCCACAACCUACAUCGCCACAGUACAUCCAUGUAUCAUCUCCCCCCACCUUGAGCCACAUGGACAUGGCUCGCCCUCCACAUGAAGAUCCACGGUACAAACACACAGCAAGCAGCCCAGCUGCCAGCCUCUCCAGCUCAUGGCCUCGUACUACUACCUACUUGAGUUCAGGUCGGGCCAAGGUCAGAGUAAGCUCUUCACCCAAAACCUCACCUGGACGGGGAAAGAGAAAUGGAGAGAGCCGAAAAUGCCGCAAGGUGUAUGGCAUGGAGCAACGGGACCUGUGGUGCACACAGUGCAAGUGGAAAAAGGCUUGCAGUCGUUUUGGAGAGUAAGGUAUCUGUGGCAGCCACUGACUCAGUGGUUCAUUCUUAAAGUAUCAUGUUAACAUUCUGGCCUUUGCAUCAGUCCAUGAAGAAUUCUGAUGCAAAAGUUUCAGUACAGUAAUCAUUCAUUAGAAGGAUUACGAUCACUGUUUAGAUACUGUUGUUACAUGAUAGCAACACUACAAUAGCCUUUCUUUGUGGAAAGGAAACCUGAUGAACCCUGAAAGGUAGGCUUCUUAAAAGUCUAUUAUCACUGCCACUUUGAGGUUUGGAUCACCAAAUGAUAAACAGAGAAUAUAUUUAUUUACAUUCAUAACAUAUCUAGAUAUGAUAAGAUAAUGAUGAAUUGGUCAUCACUCAUAAUUCAGUGUUAGUUAUUUACAUAAAAACGAUGUAACAUUGCAAAAAUUAUAGCAAUUGCGGAA